AUGUUCACUGCUUCCUCUCUAGACGAUCUAGACGCCAAUCUGGAACAUUUAGGGCGUUCUUUCCUCAACAAAUGUACUUUCACAAACGACACGAGCAUUGAUUAUGCACAAUUCCGUGGAACGCCAAACGAGGACCGCUUCGCGAUAUCAGAAGACUGGAGACUCAAUGAUCGUGUUUGGCAAUUUCUUGCAGUUUUCGAUGGUAAAUUAUACGCCGUCUGUCUGAAACCUAGUAGCUCAAGGACGGAUUUUAUAGGACAUGGUGGCUCAACGACGGCAGAUUACCUCGCGAAACACUUCCCCUCAAAUCUUAGAAGAUCCAUGGAGCGCUCUUUCUCAUCCUCCCCAGAGUCAGGAAUACCUCUGCUUUCGUCAACCUCACAGUCAUCGGCCGUACCACUCACAGCAAAGAACGUAUCAGAGUUCCUGAAACGUGAAGUUCAAUGGUUCGACGAAGAGUUGGGUCAUGCUGUUAAAGCGAUAUGUCCGCACCCAGAAAAUAUCAACGACGAUAAGGAAGCUUAUGCGCUCUAUGAGGCCCACAAGGAGGUUAUUGCUCGUGCCAGAUGCGGAUCCACAAUGGCCGGUAUUUUGGUAGAUAAAACGGAAAAUAAGAUGUGGGUGUGUUGUGUCGGAGAUUCUUCUGUCGUUCUAUCUACCAAAGCGUCUACCGGUAGCAAACGGACGACAGUUCUUGUGAAUGAUCAUCAUACAGGGCGGACACCACAGGAAUAUCAUCGUGUUUCCAUGGCGCAUCCGUCCCACGAAAGGGACAACAUCUGGCUCGACGGAGAAGAUCGCAUUUUUGGGACUCUCAGCAUGACUCGGGCCUUCGGCGAUUUUAUGUUCAAAUUUCCCACCUCCUUCACCACCGCGCUUUUUUCCAAAUUUCCGUCUUCUGCCAUGCGGUCCGUUGAAACUGUGCUCAGAUAUAAUUGGACGCCGCCAUAUGUGAUAUCAGACCCGUCUGUCAAAUUUGUUGAUUUAACGAUGUUCAGCAAAGACAUGGACCCUGUGGUGGUCAUCUACACGGAUGGCUUGGAGACACUUGCUAACGGACUAUUGAUGUCGUUGAAGAAGAAGAGUGUUUCGGACGCUACCAGUGGAACCCUGGAUGUAUUGCCAACCGCGGUAGACAUCAUAGGAACUCUCCUAGGUCGACGUCCGGAUCUUUCAAUGCCAUCAAUCACUCUCAGCGUUGAAAAUUUUCCCGAGAACAACGCAGCCUUCAACCUUACAUACGAAUUGCUCUGCAGGACAAUUUCCGAUAAACUCAGAUCGCACCUCAUGGCUGAAGAUAACGCUGUCAGUCCAAGUAUUGGCGACGAAGACUUGUACAUAGACGAUAUUACAGUAAUCGUUUUUCGGCCGUUCACCCAUCAGUAA